CCUUUGUCAAGAAAUGAAUGCUAAUAUGACAACAGCUGCUCUAUAGUUACUCUGAAGUAAUUGAUUAACAAUUUUGUUUUUAAAAGUAAUUCUGAAUAACCAAUAUCAACAAUAUGAGAUGAAAGCUUCCCUGAAAAUAUUCUGAUGUAACCUGGCAUUCUUACUUAGACUGGUGCAUGAUGUCUUGUCUUGGAUAAUUGCACGCUGACAGCAAGUACUUGGAGAAAAAAAAACAAGUGCCCUCUAGCGGAUUGUCAUGAAAGCUGGCUGAUAUAAAUUUGUUUAUUGUUCAAAAUGGCCGCGGGAAAAACGAACUUCCCAGAUAAGAACUCGGGUGAUAAAUUGGACGUGAACACCUCAUUUAAUCAACGUGAUCAUGAAAAAGAGAAAACAGCUUGUGAAAAUGAUAAGAAUAGAAGAAUAUAUUCGAGUUUUACUCUGUUUGAUGCCGCUUUUGUAUUAUUUUCUAUGGGAACUUUUCUCGUUGACAUGGCCACAGAUUUGUGGGUUGGGUUUCAUUAUUUCAGCAGCAAUGAACCUAUCUGGGGAUCCUUGACACUAGCUUUUGUAGUUGUACCGUGUAUAGUAAUGCAGGUGUUCAGUAUACGGUGGCACAUAGUAGAUGACAAUAUGAAAGGAUGUUUCUACUGGACUAUACACUUUCUACUUAUGGGCCCAAUUCACAGAUAUGUCAUGGUGCUCAAGGCAGGUUGGAGGGCAAGGAUGACCCAUGAACCUGAAGACUUUGACAUAUAUUAUCACAGACAGAAUGAUGUAUGCAUGUUACGGCUGUUUGAGUCUUUUAUUGAGUCUGCACCCCAACUUUUACUCCAGUUAUACAUCAUGGUAUAUACUGAUCAUACAAAUUGGCUAACAGGUCAGUUUCAGCCUGUUCAAGAAUAA